AUGGAGUCUGUUUGGAAUUAUUAUUACAGUGUGACGAAGAGAAUGCUAUUAUUGGCUGGUCAGUGGCCCUAUCAGAGAAGAAAAGACAAAUUGCUCCGUGUGACUGUGAUAACUAUGAGUUUGAUUUCCUUUAUAAUUCCACAGAUUGGCAAGUUCAUUCUGUGCGACAGAGAUGUGCAAUGUAUUUUAGUGGUUACAUCGCCGCAUCUACUUACACUUAUGAUUUUGAUAAAACUAUAUGCAUGCCAAUUUAACAGUAGCAAAAUUAAAGAUCUCACUGAUCAGCUGCAUAACGACUGGAAAAAUUUGGAAAUUCCAGAAGAAUACGAAAUUAUGAAAACUUAUGCUGCAAAAGCAAGACAGUUUUCUUUGAUAUAUACGUUGUAUUAUUUGCCAGCUCCUGUUCUAUUUGUAUUAAUUAGCCUCACACCGCAAAUAUUAGAUAUCGUUUUGCCGCUCAACGAAUCUCGUCCUAUAAUAUUGCCGCACGAAAGCCACUACUUUGUUCGCGAUGACGCGGAAUACUUUAUUUAUAUUUUUUUCCACUCUCUUGUGGUUGUAAUGAUAAUUUCUAUAGCAGUACUCGCACACGAUUGUCUGAUCUUCACUUAUAUUGAGCAUGUUUGCAGCGUUUUCGCAAUAGCUGGAUUUCGUUUUGAGAACUUGGCGUGUAAUGAGAAUAUUGAUAUGUCAAAUAAUAAUCCAGAUCACAUUUACAAUAAAAAAAUAGCAUUGUCCAUUGACGCACAUUGGCGAGCCUUACAAUUUGCGGAGCUUCUUGCAGAUACCUUCUCUAUAAGUUUCAUCAUACAAAUAUUGAUGAAUACCAUAGUGAUGAGCGUUACUUUAUUAAAAAUCGCAACACAAUUAGACGACAUUACGGAAGCAGUGAGAUAUGGAUUAUUAAUUAUUGCUCAAUUGAUUCAUUUAUUCUGCUUCAGUCUGCAAGGACAAAAAUUACUAGAUCAUAGUCUACAAAUACGUGACAAGAUAUAUAACGGCUCGUGGUACAAAAUACCUGUGAAAUCGCAAAGGAUGCUUAUACAAGUGAUGAGAAAGAGUUUGCAACCAAAUUUUUUGACCGCCGGCAAGAUUUAUAUUUUUUCCCUCAAAAGCUUCACUACGGUAUUACAGACUUCGAUGUCGUAUUUUACCGUUCUCGCAUCUAUCGACUAAUCAAUUGAUAAUAGCUUCUGGGUAGUAUUCUGUAUAAACCUAAUAAUGUCAUGACAAAG